AUGGCUGCCUCUCUGUUAAAUCCCAAAGCCCAGUAUCAUGCUCGCUCUAUUAGCUUACCCUCUAGACCACACCCACUUGUUCCUGAAUUUGAUAAGCAUUUGUGCAGAUUAAGAACUUCUCAAGCUGCCUCAUCAUCAUCAUCAGUAAGUCACAGACUCAGUGGUCUUAAGGAUCUGCAUGACUGUGUAGAUGAUUUACUUCUGUUGCCACUUACUCAACAGACCCUAGCCCAUCACCGCCAUGAGAAAUGGGUUAAUGAGCUGUUGGAUGGGUCUCUCAAGCUGUUGGAUGUGUGUGGCACCGCUAAGGAUGCCUUGUUGCAGACAAGGGAACAUGCAAAUGAACUUCAAUCAAGUCUGAGAAGAAGGCGGGGAGGCCAAAAUGGGAUCUCAACUGAGGUUGGAGAAUAUUUAACCUCUAGGAAGAAGGUAAAGAAGGCAAUGCACAAAGCCCUAAGGAAUCUGAAGAGCAUGGACAACAAGAGCAGAUUCUCUCCCUUGAACAAAGACCCUGAGACUCUCUCCAUGGUUAGCAUGUUAAGGGAGGUAGAAGGAGUCACUCUCACAGUGCUUGAAUCUUUGUUGUCCUCGAUAGCAGGGGAAGCAGCAAGAUCUAAACCAAGUAGUUGGUCUGUGGUCUCAAAACUGAUCCACCACAAGCGUGUGGUAUGUGAGGAGGCAGCAGGAGAUCUCAGUGAAUUUGAAAAGGUGGAUUGUUCAUUGUUCACCCUCAUUGGCCACAAGACGAAAUCUGUUAACCAGAUUCACAUUGAUACCAUACAAAAUGCAUUAGGAAAAUUGGAAUCAAGUAUUGAAGAUCUUGAAGAAGGGAUAGAGUUCCUAUCAAGGCAUUUAAUCAAAACCAGGGUGUCUUUCCUCAACAUCCUCAGCCACUAG